GUUACGUAAAGCCUGGACUCGAUUCACAUCUACUCGAGCGACGAAGCUUUAAACGAGUUGAACAAUUCGUUUAUUGGAACUAUUAUCCUCACGUUGCGACAUCAUGGCUUCGGCAACGAUAGCAGGUGACCAGCAUUUUGGGCCUGUAUUCUUCUGGCGCGAGUUCGAAGAGCCAUAUGGCUUCAUGUCACAGUGGUAUGAAAGCCCGUUCGAGGUUGACGGCGUCACUUACCUCACAGCGGAAAUGUGGAUGAUGAUAGAGAAAGCGAGGCUGUUCGGCGAUGAGGAGAUUGCACAGCAAAUGAUGCAGACGACCAUCCCAGGCGAACAUCAAGCGCUCGGGCGGAAGGCUAAGGGUUUCGAUAGAAAGAAGUGGGAUGAUCAUAAGUCCCGCAUCGUCGAAGAAGGCAACUACCACAAAUUCACCAAAAGCAAGAGCAAUCCAGAUAUGCUUCGUAUGUUGCUCGACACCGGUGACAGAGAGCUAGUCGAGUCCAGUCCGGUCGACCGCAUAUGGGGCGUAGGUUUCGGUGCUGCGAAUGCCGAAGAAAAUCGCGCCGAGUGGGGCGAGAACAGGCUGGGCAAAGCGAUUAUGGCUGUGCGUGACCGGUUGAGGCAGGAAGGCCACCGGUAA